AUGGCAGGAGGCUUUCUACCUUAUCAUGAGCCAGGAAUUGUCGACAUCCUCAUCCUGAUUUCCUUCUUUUUCAUCUUGUCCUUGGCAGAAUGGGCCUCAGCGAAGAUAAUCCGCGCCGGCAUCAUCGGCCAAAUCGCGGUUGGUAUCAUCUACGGCAAACCGCUCGCCGAUAUCCUUGAAAUGGACUGGCAAGAAACCUUUCUAUCUCUCGGCUAUGUUGGCUUGAUUUUGAUCAUAUUUGAAGGUGGUCUCAACGCUCGCCUGGAUCUCUUACGGGCGAAUCUGGUUCUUAGUACGCUUGGUGCAGCCACCGGGGUUUGCUUUCCCAUUGGCCUGUCGUACCUGCUUCUCUAUCUCGGAUUUGGAUAUGGUGCCGUAGAAACCUUUAUUAUUGGAGCAGCGCUAUCUGCGACCUCUCUGGGUACGACUUUUGCAGUGAUCUCUUCCGCUUCCAGCACCGUCGAUCUUGCACAGACCCGUGUAGGCGCUGUCCUGGUCAGCGCGGCGGUCAUUGACGACGUGGUUGGGCUUGUCAUGGCAAGCGUCAUCGAAAAUCUUGGUCAGCUAGAAGGCGGCGGAGUCAACCUCGGCUGGCUGAUUGGGCGGCCGAUCGUGGCCUCGAUCGCGAUGGCGAUCGUGACGCCGCUGGUGACCAAAUACCUGUUCGCGCCGGGGUUCCGGCGGUUCAUCGAGCACGACUUUGCGCGGUUCGACCACAUCUCCAACAUCGUGCUGAUGACGCUGUCGCUGAGCGCGUUCAUCACGAUCGCGGCCUACGCGGGGACCUCGGUGCUCUUCGGCGCCUUCCUGGCGGGCACGUUCCUCACCUACCUCCCCAGCAAGCACCCGACGGGCCCGUUCGUGGUGCUGAGCCGGGAGGAAGGCGAGAAGCUGGCGCACAAGAGCCCGACCUUCGUCCACACCUUCGAGCGCUACCUCGUCGACGUCCAGAAGUACCUCAUGGAGCCGUUGUUCUUCGCGAGCAUCGGCUUCGCCAUCCCCUUCGUGCAGCUCUGGACCGGCCGGCGGAUCUGGCGCGGGAUCGUCUUCACGCUUCUGAUGGUCGUUGCCAAGUUUGUCGUGGGCGUGUGGGUGCCGAUCUGGGGCCGGGGGCCUGCUCGCAAGCAGGAGCCGAGGUCAGCGGCGGUAGAGAGUGGUGGGUUGGAACACGGGAGCCCGGCGCCUCCGGAUACUGGGGGGGCAAAAGACCCGGCGACCACACUAUGGCUUUCAGCCUUCCUCUUGGGGUCUGCGAUGGUCGCGCGGGGCGAGAUCGGGCUCCUGAUCAUCGAGAUCGGCUAUAACGAGACAUCCUACGUCAGCGAGGAGGGCUUCAUCACGGGCGUCUGGGCGAUCUUGCUCAACACGAUCAUCGGGCCGGCCGCGGUGGGGCUUCUGGUCAAGUACUGCGGCAAGCGCAUCGGAGAAGGCGAAUGGGGGCUUCAGCGCUCGGGGGCGGCGGUGGCCCCGGCUCAGGGGCUCGAGGACCCUGACUACAUCUGAUUCGGUGUGAGGCGUUCUCUUCGUGCGGGCGAGACAUCAAAGAAGCUAGAAGCGAGCAGGAUGGUCAGAUCAACAAGCACUGGCCCCUUGCAGCCUUUGACAGGGUCGGGUCAGGGCUGGCGACGGGACUGUGAGGCGCGCUUCUCCGGAAUCAAGAGAGGUGUUCCUUUCUUCCGGUAGGUGAAGAGCCCAGAGGUGAGAAGGCAAGGCUUCAUUAUCAUAGUGAAGUGUCCCGGUUGAGGUUUCCUGGGCACUGUUGCGAAUAGCUUGCUUGAGAUCGUUGAUAUGCUAUUAAAAGGCGGGCAAGAACUCCCGUGUGGCUGCAUGCAUGGCUGGAUUACGUACACUAUCCGGUGGUAUAUGAUUCACCACGAAUCAGGAGCCAUGGAUGGCGAACAGUCAAUUGCUCGAAAAUAGCCCAGACUGUGAAAAGUGCAUCCAGUAUCUUGGUCGGCGUUGCACUGAUAGGCCGUAAAUUUCUCCC